AUGAGCGCCACCGCACCCACCACACCACCUCCAACAGACUCCGAUAUCAUCCGCCUAGCACAAUCCUACGCCCCAAUCCCCUCCUCCCUCCUCUCCACCCAAUCCCACCCAACCCUCCUCUCCUACCUCACUUGCCGCUCCCAAUCCCCUUCCCCAUCCCAACCAGUCUCCGACUACACUCUCUCUCUCCUCUCCCUCAUCUCCCAAUCCCCCCACACCCACUCUCUCUCCACUCUCCUCUCCUCUCUCCUUCUCUCCUACACUCGCCUCUUCACCUCCUUCCAAAUCCCACACGACCCCAACUCCCUCAAAACCCUCCAACUCUUCCACACACUCUUACCCCACGUGCCCUCUCCUCAUCUCCCCCAAAUAAUCGACCCCAUUUUGUCAAUUCUCCCCCGAAUUCUCGACUCCGAAAACGCCCAGAUUCUUGAUCUCCUCCCCCGGUGCUUGAGCCUGAUUCGAAGCUCCGACGAGGUCGAACGCGGCGGCAAUGUUGUUAAUUCCGUGAUUGAUCAGAUUCUGGAGAUCAACUGGUCCAAGGGACUGUUGAUCAAGAUGGUUUCGAUAGUGAGGGACUUCCCUGUUCUUGAUAAACUGCGGGCCAGAGAGUUUGUAGACAAGGUGUUCGACGGAAUGUCUAGCUUGGACUUGCAGGACCUGCCGUCGCUUGUGUACCAGUUGCUGGUUCUGGCGUCGAGGGGGUUUGUUAAGAAGGAUGUGGUUGAAGGGAUUGUGAUGUUUUUCGGGGCGAAAAUGGGGAGGAAGAAGGCGAGUUCUAUUGUUAGGCAAGUGGAAGGGACUGUGUUGCUUCAUGUUAACUUUGCGGUGAAGCAGGACCCUUCGUUGGGACAGGAGGUGAUGGGGCUUGUGAAGUCUGAUCUCAGGGCUUUCAAUCAUUUCACUGUUGCUGUUUUAUUAUCGGUUUCGAGGGUGAGGAAGUUUGGUGAGGCGUCAAUGGGGGCUCUGAAAAUGGCGAUUUUAACUGCGUAUCGUGACUACAAGUUUGCCAAAGACUGUAAAUGGAUACCCGAUGACAUGAAGGAAGAAUAUCUGCAGAAUGUCAAAGUGGUCGAGAAGGCCAUGUUAAGAGCGGUUCACGAGAGCAACUAUGGAAGGGAACACAUUGUUCCUAGCAUUUUGCAGUUUGCUUUUGUAUUGCUAGAGUCAGUGGAAGAGGGGAAUUAUAAAGAGCUCUGCAAUUUAAGUGGUGUGUUAGGCAUUGAGGAGCUUGCUAUUCAGAUGCUAAAAGCUAUAUUUGUGGCCCAUGAUAUGGCUAGAAAUGAGAUUAUUGAGCAGUGUAAAUUUCGGAUCCUUUCUUUGAAGCCAGAGCAGAGUAUGGUAAUCAUAAGACUACUCAGUAAUCUCACUCAAAGUUAUCCAUACCCCAUGUUAGAACAUGUUUCCCGUCUAAAGGAACUGUUGGACUACUUCACAUUCAUGCAUGGCAAGGUUGCUGCCCAACUUGUUACUGCUUUGUUGCCUCUCAUCAAGUUCAGCCGUGAUCUCAAGGAUUACACUAUUUUGGUAAUGCGUAAGGCGAUGUUUAGACGAGAAGAUACUAUUCGUCUUGCAGCAACCAAUGCUGUUAUUGAUUUGAUUCUGGCAGAAAAGCAAUCCAAGAAAGAUGAUUUGUUGUCUUUUCAAGAGUCAUCUAGCCAAGCCAGUAGUAGUCAGCAAUCUGAGGUACCCUACAAUGUGAGGGGAGGCCUGUUUCAAGAGCUGAGCGGUCUAUUGCAGAGAUGUCUAUAUCAACCGGCAAAUGUCAAAGAAGUCAUGUAUCAUGGACUUGUGAAGCUUGUUUUGAUGGACCCAUCUAGUGGAGGGGCUGUCUUUGAUUUUCUGUUGCCUCACUUCCUCCAUUUCUUUAAGGAGGAUGCAGAUGUUCAAUUAGGAAUUAGCUGCUGCAUAAAAUCAGAGAGUGGCAAAGCUUAUGUUGAAGAGCCUUUAGAUUGCCUUCUAUCUUGUGUUUCUCGGAUGUUACUUCUACAACCAAAUGGAAAAACUGAGAAAGCCUUGAAUUCUUCAUGGGCAUGUUUGGGUUUCUCCCUUUCCCAAGAAAACGAGCUAGGAAGAAGUUCAUCUGCUGACACAUUCUACAGUUCUAUCUUGAAGAUACGGAAGUCUCUUCGAAAUCAGAAUAUUGAAGACAUCUUUGGUCAAACUCAGGAUGGAGGCUCGUCAUCUUUUGAAGACAACAAAAGAAAAUGCUCCGCUUUUGUUUUAUCUGGAAUUAUUGAGGUACUGGUGAAUGCUAUUGCUACUGACUUGGACAAAGCAUCGGACAGAAAGAAAUUAGAUCUUGAAAAGGAGAUUAUUCAGUUUGUUGAGAUUCAUCAUUCACUUGACAAGGAUACAUGUUUCUCCAGCAAGAGUACUGCAGUAAGAAAAGGGAGUACUCGCACUCCUGCUCAUGAUAUACUGAACAACAUCAAUUCAAGCCCUAAAGAAAUGCAAGCACGGGUUUCCUUCUUUACAACUUCAACCAUAUAUCAGAUAUUGCAAACACUGUUGAGACUACUAGAUACUGAUUCUUCUCAUAAUGUUGAAGCUUCCCAACUGCAUAGUCAGUCUACCAGCAAGACCUCCAAAUGCAGCUCUGAAUUUAUUUCUUUUGUCUUGAAUGAGUCCCUCAGUCAUAUAAAAUCUUCCAUUCUUCUGCGAAAUGAAGACCCUUUGAGAACUUUAAUCUAUGGGGAAAUCAAGAUGCUGGGAUCUCCCUUGUUGAAACUAAUUUCUUUGUUCAAAUCAGGGCCAAAGUUGGUGAUGGAUCAAAAGAAAAAGGAAACGAAGGGCAAAAAAGAUGUUGGACGAAGGGAGUAUCUUCAUCUAGCCUUGAGUUGCUUGAAGGAAUUGAUAAUGAUUUGUUCUAAUUCAGACUUGACUGGUUUGCUUGAAGACAUGGUGUUAAUUUCCACUCUUAAGGAUGCUGAUUUGAAUAUUGAAUGCGAAAGAGCCUCUAGAAUUGAGGAUCCACAUAUAAGAAGCAUAGAACUCUUCAUUUUGAAGACAUUGAAGCCUCUAUUCUCUGAGCUUCUUGCACUUUCAUUAUUUGGUGAAGUUGAGAUAAUUUGUGACCUGAUAUUGAUGAUUGGGCGGAAAUUGCCAUGCCAAUUGAGGAACUCCCAUGGAGCUUGGGCUAUUAGUGUUUGCAAAAACAAUGAAAUUAAAAACACAAAGGCCGGAAAAAGUGUUGUGACACUUGCUAUAUGUUUAAGUUCCCCUCCAAAUGAUCUAGCUAUAUCCCAAGACAUGGCCAGAGAGCUGUUGCAGGUUAUUGGAUCAGAGGGAGACGCCCCAGAGGAGGUUUCCCAGAUAUACCCCACCAUAAACCAUCAAACAUGUUCGGUGAUAAGUUCCUGUAUACUGCACAUUGUUGAAUCAGUUGUAGUUGACAUGGAUUGGGCCAUCAAAAAACUGAAGACAUUCUCUUUGGUCUCCCAAAAAGGGAUUCAUCUGAACCAGAACAGUGAGGAAUCUCCUGAGUUGGCAUUUGAGGAAAAUCUCUAUUCUAGGGCAGAAGCAGUGGUGAAAGUACUGUCAUCUUUUGUUUCAAUGAGCCUGAAUGAUACACAAGCUGAAUUUGUGCUUCGUUUGGCAGCAAGGUUCUACAAGCAUUUAGCUAAGAUGUCAAAGCUUAGGAUUGCUCCAAAAGGUUGUCAACAGAUUUUUCCAAGCCUGAAGUUUCAGAAGCUUGUGGAGGUAACUUGCAAGGAGCUGACAAUUCCUCUGUAUAUCUUUGUGGAAAUUAUGCAGAAGAAACAACAAGCCAAUGCCAACAAAAAGGGAAUCAUCAACAGAAUAAAGAGGGAGAACAGAUGCAUCCCCGACCUCAUAUUUCAGAUAGAAGAUUAUGAGAAAUAUCUCAUCCAGCUGUGCAAGGUGACCAAAGUAAAUUUAUUAAGGCAUGCCAAGCGUAGCACUGCACGAGACUUUAGAAUACAACUAAAUGAGGAGAGCAGGGAAGAAGAAGAAGAAGAAAAUGCUCCAACUUCUGAAGCAAACCAUGACAAUGAGAAUGCAGUUGAAAAUGAGUCUGCUGAAGAUCUUGAUGAUAAUGAAGGAAAUGGGUCAGAGAGGGCUUUGUCACCGGAUUAUAUUAACAAUCCCCCGGCUGUGGAGGAUUCGGGCUCUGACAAUGAAGAAGGAGAUGAUCAUCCUCCUAGUGCCAAGAGGCUGAAGAGAGUCAACAGAGUUGUGGAGGACUCUGAGGAUGAAGCCUAA